GACGGUCCGUUGAAACAGGGUAACAGAGCUUCCGUCUCAAUGGCUUCCCAAUCGCCGCCUUCUCUCGCCUCCCGCAUAUGCUCCGAAAUAGCUUCCGUCUUCUCUAAGCCCACGCGCCAACACUCGCCGCCGCUGGAACUCCUGGUGUCCGAGCUCUCCGCAGCUGCGGCCCGAAAGGCCAGGGUUUUCCUCUAUGGCGUCGGCCGUGAGGGUUUAAUGCUCAAAGCCCUCUGUAUGCGCCUCGCUCAUCUCGGCCUCUCUUCGCACCAGGUCUUUGAUAUGAACGCGCCGCCAAUCGCCGCUCAUGACCUACUCAUUGCGUCGGCUGGCCCCGGCGGGUUUUCGACCGUCGAUGCGAUUUGUUCCGUGGCUAGAUCCAACGGCGGUAGGGUUUUGCUGCUGACGGCCCAACCGGAGACCGGCUCGUCCGUGAAGCACGCUGAUGUGAUUUGCUACGUUCCGGCGCAGACCAUGGCUGACGACGAGGAAUCAAUGACGGAGACGGCGGUGAAAUGUCGGCCUCUGCUUCCGAUGGGGAGUUUGUAUGAAGGGGCUCUGUUUGUUUUGUUUGAGAUGGUGGUGUAUCAGUUGGCUGAGGCGUUGGGAGAGAGCCCCGAGGCCGUCCGAUCACGCCACACCAAUCUCGAAUGAAUGGAUCAGAUUCAAUAUGAGGGUCGUUGGAUUUUUUUUUGUAAUUUAAAUAAAUAAUGGACUUUAUUUUAAAUCAUAA